UUUAAUGGCACAAGUUUGCUUACCGUUUCCCCGCUUUCUUCCUCAACUUUCAUGUCCGUGUUUUCUUUGCCCUUUUCCCCGGUGACUUCCAGCCGGCCGUGUCUCUAACCAGGGCUCCGAGCGAGCGGACAGCGCGGCGGCGCGGAGCGUUUCUUCUCCACGGCAUGUUCUCAAACGGCCGAUAACCACUUAAGCAUGAAGACAAGGAACGAGAUGAACGAUGAUGUAAUCGUCACACAGUCCAGGAGAAAAGACCUCUUUUGUCUCACUCGUGCAAUAGUGUGAAUGAACUUGCCCUUCCCCCUCCACACACACCCCCCCAAAAGCCUUCUCCACUUGCAAAAUUAGGCUGCUCUGGACACACCGUUUGGCAUAUACAUACGUCUUACUUUCCUUGUACACAAUUCUACAUGCACACACACACACACCAAAUCUCACAAACACAAGAAAGAUAGCGGAGGUUUUGGCUUUUAGUCUUUCAGAGCCAUAGGGAAGUCUCUUUCUCUCUCUCUCUUUCUCUCUCUCUCUCUCUCUCUCUCUCUCUCUCUCUCUCUGUGCCUGGGGUUCGGGCUGCCAAGCGCCAUCAGGAUGACAUCAUACCCAGCCGACACAAUGGAGCUGUUCAUCUCCUGAGGGCCCUUGCCAGGCUGCGUCACUUCACUGGACCGCCAGCCCAGCACGACGAAGAAGAGGACGAGGGAGGAAAGGAGAGGGGUAGGAGGAAGAGGAGAAGGGGGGCUCUCAGGGAAAACAGAGAAGUAAUCAUCAUGUCUGAGUCUCCCAUGGGAGCUCGAGUCGGGUCCAGAUGCGGAUCCGGGGCUGGGAGCGCAGGGGUGAGUGCAGUGCAGCCCAUUGGGGCGGAGGGGCUGGUGGCUCUGCUAGAGGGGGGACUGGACAGGGUGCUGCUCAUUGACAGCAGACCCUUUGUGGACUAUAACGCCUCACACAUCCUAGAGGCAGUCAACGUGAACUGCUCCAAGCUGAUGAAGAGGAGGCUGCAGCAGGACAAGGUGCAGAUCGCCGAGCUCCUCCAGCACUCUGCCAAGAAGAAGUUGGAGUUGCAGGGCGAUCAGGAGGUGGUGGUUUAUGACCACAGUUCUUCAGAUCCGGCAGCCUUGUCCUCUGAGGCCUUCCUCAGUGUCCUGUUGGCCAAAUUGGCGAGGAGCUUCCCCUCUGUCCACCUGCUCUCAGGUGGCUUUGCUGAGUUUUCCCAUCUCUUCCCGGGCUUGUGUGAGGGCAAGUCCACACUGGUGCCAUCCUGUAUCUCUCAGCCCUGUCUGCCGGUGACUAACACAGGACCCACCCGCAUCCUGCCCCACCUUUACUUGGGCUGCCAGCGGGACGUGCUCAACAAGGAACUGAUGCAGCAGAAUGACAUCGCCUAUGUCCUAAAUGCCAGUAACACCUGCCCCAAGCCUGACUUUAUCUCAGAGUCUCAUUUCCUGCGAGUUCCAGUCAAUGACAGCUUUUGUGAGAAGAUCCUUCCUUGGUUGGACAAAUCAGUGGAGUUCAUAGAAAAGGCAAAAGCCUCCAAUGCUCGGGUCCUUGUUCACUGUCUCGCUGGUAUCUCACGCUCAGCCACUAUUGCGAUUGCCUAUAUUAUGAAGAGAAUGGACAUGUCCUUGGAUGAGGCAUACAGGUUUGUAAAGGAGAAAAGGCCAACCAUCUCUCCUAAUUUCAACUUCUUGGGGCAGCUUCUAGAUUUUGAGAAAAAGAUCAAAAGACCCCACAGUACUGAGGCCAAAGUAAAGUCCCUCCAACAAGAGCAGAGCAGCGAGGCCUCAGCCCAGCCGGAGGAGCUAGACGGUGCUCAGGAGGCUCCAGCCAGUCAGGAAUCUCCGGUUGCCCCUGGUCCGGCCCUUCUGGAGCCCCUCACCCUGCCGUGUGUACUAGCUGAUACCCCUGAGGAGCGGCUCCUGGCUCAGGCUCUGAGCGGCCUGCAGCUUGGAGAGGGGGCAGAGGAUAACACCAGGCUAAAACGCUCCUUUUCUCUCGACAUCAGAUCAUACGGGGAAACAGGCAGCAGCACCCCUCACCGUGUCUUUGUCCCUCAUGGUGGGCUAGGGGAUGCCUCAGAGUACUUCAAACCAUCUGCUUAUAAGGAGCCAGCCAGCAAGCCCUGUCAAUUCUCCCCCGUAGAGGAGGUGUCGGAGCAGUCCACUCCAGAACAGAGCCCAGAUAAGGAGCAGGUGGACGGGCCAGCUCCUCUUACUACAACAGCAACCUCCAGCAACUUCUCAACCACAUCUAGCACCAACGCGAAGCUGCCCAGCGCAGCCAAACCUCCACCAACGACACAUUGCUCCCAUCAGCUUCAUCGAAGCGGCAGCAUGGAGGAGAAUACCCAUACUGCUAGCUUUAUAUUCGGCCUGUCCCACAGUCAGCAGCAGCUAGCUAAGCCUGGGGCUAGUAGCGGCACUCUGAAAGGCUGGCACUCAGACAUCCUGCUGGGUCCAGUCACUGUCUCCACUGCGUCGCUAGCCGGCGGCUGGUACCUCUCCUCCGAGUCAACACGCUUCUACUCCACCUCAGCCAUCCUCAGCGGUGGGGGCUUCACGGCCUACAGCUGCAGUCAGGGCCUGGAGGCUGUGCGAAGGCGGGGACGGCAGAGGAGCGGUGACCGGGGAGACUCACGCCGCAGCUGGCACGAGGAGAGUACCUUUGAAAAGCAACUGAAACGCCGCAGCUGUCAGAUGGAGUUUGGUGAUGGAAUGUCAGAGAGUCGCUCCCGAGAAGAGAUAGGGAAAGUCGGAAGUCAGUCCAGCUUCUCUGGUAGCAUGGAGAUCAUAGAGGUGUCCUGAAAGGGAUUUUUAUAGACUUCCACUAAUUUCCCCUGUUGUCCAAGGGUUUUGUAUAUUUUCACAUAUCUCCCACCUAGCUGGGAUAAUACUGUAUUGUGGACCCACCAUAAAUCCCACUCGGGCUAGACCUUGAACUUGUGGCUCUUUCAAAAACAUGCUGUUGGCCUUAAACGUAGUAGAGAGUAACUGGUCUUGAAAGCAGCUGUGUGUUACUGAAUGUGACGAAGAGGAUGCAUAACAACCUAAAGACUUGUUUCACUGAGGACUGAGCCUUUGAAUGUUUUGUGUUGUUUCUGAAUGAGGGUUAAUCAUUUUCUGAAUUUGUGUUCAAAUGUCAUGUACCCUAAACAUCUACCACACGUUGUUGGUUCUCUUACCAGUACAAGGAUUCUAAACUGAAUCCUCAUCAUGUUGAACUGGAAUGGGGAAGUUUACCAUAGUCAGCUAUUCUUCUAAUUGCCCCAGAGGGUAUCAAAGUCUCAUCAAAGUACCUCAUAAAUCCAAAAUUAAAACCAUUCUUUUCUUCUGUAGUGAUUUUUCUCUAAUAACUAGCUCAUUGACAAUUAAAUCUCAGGUGUUCAUUUGAGCUGCAGGAAAAGACUGUUCCCCAUAAAAGGAUAUGAUUGAAAAUUGCUCUGAUAAGAUUUAGAAAGGCCUGAAAGGAGGGCAGAAAGACCUGAAAGGAUGACAGAAAGACCUGAAAGGAGGGCAGAAAGACCUGAAAGGAUGACAGAAAGACGUGAAAGGAUGACAAAGACGUGAAAUAUACACGUGAAAGUUUUGAAUGCUUUCUAGUGCUUCAACUGUCCAAGAAUCAGCACUCGCUUCUUCUCAGAUCGAUCCCUGUUAAAAAGCCUGUUGAAGAGGGUCCUACAUCAGCGAUGAGGUGUGGUGGGUGAUGGAGGAUGGGGGCCGACAUGCAGGGGGUUUAUUCAGCAAGUGCUUUUCAUAACAAAGAGGCUGGGACUCUUGUGUAAAGAUGCAACUGAAAGCUUAGAAACCACAGAUUAGAUGGCAAAGUGUAGUUUAAGUGACUAAAUCGAGUCCCGGUGUUGGGGUCUAGAGGUUGGGCUCACUCAGAAAAGAUUUUUUUUUUUCUGUCAUUCAACAUUGAAUUUUGCACUUACUGUGGUUUCAGAAAGGUCCGGUAAAAGAUUUAGAAGAGGUUUUGUGCCUUUGAGUGUGUAUGAAUGUGUGUGCAUGUGUUUGACACCCCCCUUGGCCACGACCUGCCUCGAGUUCAGAAAAUAAGCAAGCGUCACCUUUCUUUAUCAAGCCGAUUGAUUUUAUCUCUCUUCCGGGGCCAGGCAAAAAGAGCUGAAUAUACAGUGGUAUGAUAUUUAUAGCUUGGUUUAGCUUUUGUGAGUUCUGAUAGCGGAACUUCUAACAGAUAUGUUUAUGGUCUGAGGGAAUUUACGACACCACCAAAUGCUUAAAACUUGUUUUGGAGGGGGAUGCUGGCUUUACAAGCAGUAAAUUAACAAAUGUAAAUGGCUAUGGCUGCUGCAUGCAGCUCAUUGCACUCGGUUUGGGUUUUAUUAUCACAGGUUUUAGUUACAUGUACUGGAAACUUGGCUCUGGCCUCGUCCCAGAAAAGCUGGGCAGUUUUUAAGUCGGAGUGGACGACAAUUUGAUAAUGUCUUUCCACAGCUUGGUCCCACCAGCCAACAUCUCCUCCAUAUGACUUCACGCUAACAUACCAGGGGAUCAUUUUGUCAGUACAGAAACCGGGCCUCGUUAAACCGGGCCGCUGGGCCUCGUCGGCACUUUACAUUUUUCACAUGGACACUUUGGUGUUUGGCGUUACACAUCUGAACGGUUGACAGCAGGUGACCUCACCACGUUCAGAGUCCAGAUUCAAGAGAAAGCGACGCCCUCGUUGCAUGUGAGCUCCGUGCUCAUUCCAGACGCCGGGAGCGCAUCGCAGUUUGGCCCUGACUGGUCUUUAGGGACGUUGUUUAGCUUUGCCAAAGCUCCUCCGACGUCUUCACAGCUUUACCGCGUUCCUAGUUUCCUUUUUCAAUUCAAAUGUCUCGUGAAAAGGAGCGAAGUGGCAACAAGGAUUUGAAAGGUAGUUUGGGCUGAAGUGUAAAUGAGUCCAGGUAGCUAGCUAGCUCAUGUGUUGUGUGUACAGGAUCAGGACUUAAGGGCAUCACAAGCAACUACCGGUGCUCUUAGUGGCCUUUCAUACAGCCGCCAUGGUUGCCUUGGAGACGGUCCCAGCAUCCUGCACAGCCUCUUUAUUGGAAGAGAUGGAUGCUGACCAGGGAUCUGUUGUAGGACAAUAUGUGCUUUCUGUGUUCACAUCCAGCAGGCGAUGUUUGUGAGUCAGUGAAUGUAGGUCUGUCAGGCAGGCAACCUGACUAGGGAUCAUUCUGAUAGAUAACUGGAGGAAAUGUGUGAUUUCUUUUCUUUUCGUCAUUGAUCCAGAUGAGGUUUUACAGGAACACUUGAUUCCACGAGUCCAGGACAGACUUUCUGGGGUUAAAGUCAGGGAGGAGGAAGGAGAUGGUGAGUUUGAAGCACCUCAGCGUUCCCAAAUAACUUCACAAUCCCUCUUGUGCCUUUAAAUCAGAUGUGUGAUGCUGGUAUGUCUCGGUCAUGUUUUUUUUUCUAAAAAAUUUUAUGAUUAUAUUACUUUUUUCUUUUCUACAGAAGAAUGGUGGGUGAGUUGAGAAGUGAAAUGUCUGUGCAUUUGAAGGUGUUUCCAAAGCUGUGAAAAAAAUGUGCCUGUUCAUGGGAUUUCAGAGAUCAACACAACUGUAAAGGGAUUUGUGGUGAAUGGGUUAUGAAAGGUGGUCGCUCACAUAAUCAUCAGAUUAUCGACAGUUUGCGGUGAAUCGGGAGAUGAGGUGACUACGCAGACAUCCAUCGGUCGAUAUUUAAAGCAGUGAUUCCAAACUUGAUGAUAUCCAAUAGACAGAAAAAAGCCAUUGAUUAGCUAGGUGAUCACGUUGCUGGAUUAGUAAAGGACUUCUCGGUGUAGAUGACAGAUGUGUAAAGGACUGACUGAGUAGAUGUAAGAUGGUACCUGUGCGAUGCUGUGUGAGUAGGCCUGUGUUGUGGUGUGAGGACGUAGUUAACUUUACUUUUUUUCCAAUGUGCACAGUUGUAUGAAGUUAAAAAGCAGUAGAUGUAUGAUGACUGUUGAAAUAAAUCUAAGAUGGUAC